AUGGGGAGAGGGAAGAUUGUGAUCCAGAGGAUCGAUGAUUCAACGAGUAGGCAAGUCACUUUCUCCAAAAGAAGAAAGGGUUUGAUUAAGAAAGCUAAAGAACUCGCUAUUCUCUGCGACGCAGAGGUGGGUCUCAUCAUUUUCUCCAAUACCAACAAGCUCUAUGACUUUGCCAGCUCCAGUAUGAAAUCGGCUAUUGAACGAUUCAACAAGACCAAGAUGGAGGAGCAGCAACUGUUGAACCCUGCAUCAGAAGUUAUGUUUUGGCAGAGCGAGGCCACAAUUCUAAGGCAAGAACUGCACUCAUUGCAGGAAGCUCAUCGCAGACAACUAACGGGGCAGCAAUUAAAUGGUCUGAGCGUUAAGGAAUUGAACAAUAUCGAAAGCCAACUUGAAAUGAGUUUACGUGGAAUUCGUAUGAAAAAGGAACAAAUAUUGACCAAUGAAAUUAAAGAACUCACCAGAAAGAGGAAUCUGGUUCAUCAUGAGAAUCUUGAAUUGUCGAGAAAAGUACAAAGGAUUCAUCAAGAAAACGUCGAGUUACACAAGAAGGCUUAUGCAGUGUCAAACAGAAAUGAAUUGGGAGUUCGUGAUACAUCCGAUGAAUCCCAUGCACAGGUUCGGCUGCAACUAAGUCUGCCUGAGCAAUCCCAUAAUGAGACCUCAUCAAAUAGCUAA